ACACGCACCAUAGUCCAACAUGGCAUUACCCAAGUCAACGGCACCCACGAGGGUUUGGCUAUUGUCCAAACCAGAUCUUAUCAACCUUUUUAUUGCCAACACCCCGCCUUUUUCACCUUCAAGAGAUUAAAAAUUUCGCACUGGCUCCCUUCAUAUUAUAUUUCCAAGCGAGACGUAGAAUAAUAUUCCUUCACUAGGCCUACUUGGGAGAUCGCCACCUCUCACCAAGAUUAUCAAAUCAACCACUAGGAGAUGAUAUUACCGAGGUUGGUAAACAGUGAUUUAGAAUACAGGCACACCAUGUCUUCAUUCAUCGUAAGCCUUUACGUAAUUUCCGCCGUGCUGCUGACCUCUCUGGACGUCACUUCCGGCACAAGUGACCCAGUGGCUGAUGCGUGCUCACCAUUGUGUAAUGAGGAAACUUCCCUGGAGGUCCAAUGUGCCCGAGCCCGAGGCUGCUACGCCCCAGAGAUCAAGAACAACACUGACCUCUUCUCUUCCUGUUGGGAGCAUUGCUGGCACCUGGCUGGCAAGUGUUUCAGUCUGUGCGCUGACAACUUUGACCUAAUUCUCCACGAAUGCUUCGACAACUGCUCGUCACAUCCCGGGCUCAAGUGUAUCUCCAGCUGCUUUAGCCGCAAGUUUAUGGACCUCAAAGCACAGAACAUAAACUUCACAGGUGAUCCCGGGGAUGAGUUCAACACUACAGAUCCGUACCCUGCAGUGGCACAAAAUGACAACAACAGAACGGCGGCGGGACGCGUUGGUAUCGGAAUCACCGGCUCCCCGCCUUCUUCUAGAGUGCAAGCCAACUCCUCACUGAGUGGAGUCGUUUUACAGCCCGGGCAAGAGUUUGUGGCAGAAGUAAUCGAGGAUCUUCAAGAAACACCCGCUUCUUCUCUUACAACAGCUGCGUUUCCAGACUCCACGCCGCCAGCCGAUCCCCUCGACGACCUUGAAAAUGUCUUCGCCCUGAAAAAAGGCCAAAAACCCAUCUUCGAUCCCGACGAUUCCGCAGUAAAUUCAACGAUGGCAGAUACACCUGAAGUCUUGGACGCUUCGUCUGAGGCGUUACCGGUAAUAGACUCUAGCACGGGUAGUUUGGACUUUGAGGAUGUUCGCAAGCUCUUUCUUCAACAUCACGGUGACUUACAUCAGAGCAUGGACUCAUCCUGGCACACAAAUGCCUGGGAGCGUGUUCUGGCUAUGUACAGAAGCUCCACAGACAAGAAAAUGGACGGUUCUGGAAAUGGAGACAUUGGAUCUCAAGUGAAAAACCAUCAUACUACUAGUCAGCUGAGUUCAAUAUUGAGACGAGAAAAGUAAACAACUGCUACUCAUCAACGAUGGAUGAGAUCUCGUGCAAAAUAAGUAUAUAAACGUUUAUCUUCAUUGAGCACUGUUGCUUGCUUUGUUGUGGAAAGUGAAUUAACGUAAUUGUAACAUACGUGUAAAAGAAACUAUGUUAUAAUGGCAUCCGUUCAACAAUACCCCGAGGGCCUUUUAGAAAGUAACAGUCGUUAGUAUAAAUAUUUACCAUUUUAGAACUUAUCUCGCUAAGAAACAUAUUGCUCGUCUCAAGGGUGACUUCUCCACUUUUGAGCAAGAGCAAAUCAAUGCAAAUACCAUGAAAUUUAAUAUCUUAAAAACAUUUUGCCUGUUUUUCAUGCUGGUGUUUUAUACACCCAUUGACACAUUUUGGAUUAAUUGGGAAGCGGGUAUUUGCAUGUGCCACGAUCUGUUAUUUAUAAGUAGCAAAACCCUAUCAAGGGCUUUAAAAAGCUACUCACUGCAAACCAUGUUAAAUUGCGCGUGCCCGCUUAAAACUUGGUCGUGGCGGGAGCUUAAA